GUUGGGUACUUCCGCGUGAAGACGAUCCAAUCAUAUUGACAAACCCCCUGUCAGGCAUUAUGCAAGUGCCUUGGGUAACUCAUCUUAGGUACCGAGAUAUCGGCACCCGGAGCUUUAGUAUGAUCAAGAGUGAGCUGUGCUUGCCCAUCAUCUUGUUUCGUUUCUCCAUUGCCAACCUUAAUAUUUGAGAAUUCAAUCAUUAAGCAUAGUUACAACGUCAGUUACCAUAUCUGUAAGCUUUUUAUGCAAAGAGGCGAAUUAUACAGGUCAACGCGCAAACUCAGAUGUCGUCGGCUUCAGCCGUCCCAGCGUCCUCGUCAGCGUCUGCUGCGCGCAACGCGAUAAAACGAUUACUUAAGGAGAUCGCUGUCUGGGAGAAGGAGUCGCCGAAUGAGAAGGGAAUCGAACGUCUAGGACCUGUUAACGAAGAUGAGAUGCUACACUGGGAGGCUGUGAUAAAUGGACGGGGUGUAGGAAGUGGUUAUGAUGAAGGUCGCUGGCUCCUCGACAUAAAGAUCCCUCCGUCAUAUCCUCUCCAACCACCCAAGAUCUCAUUCCGAACCCCCAUCAUCCACGCCAACAUCGCAUUAAGCGGCGGCGAGAUUUGCCUCGACCUACUGAAGGAAGCAUGGACACCGGCGUAUAGCGUACUGGAGUGCGUGCGCGCUGUUCGUACGCUACUCAGCUACCCCGAAACCGAUAGCCCUCUCAACGUCGACGUAGCUGCCCUACUGCGUGGCGGCGAUAACCUCGGUGCCCGAAGAUUGGUGGAGUUCUUCUGCCGCGAUGAGGGUGGAAGGUAUGAAGGGAGGUAGCAUAGAGUCAAAUGAGGAAGGUCAGAAACGGAUGACGAUGGUGCGGGUGAUGAUUACAGCUAGGCAAGCAUAUGCUGAGGCAACAACUGGGUAAUAAUAAUGAUGACAAAAUGGGAAAACAAGACAAACUACCAACGUCGAUAUAUAUCGAGACGAGAAAGGCAAAGGCAUUGCUAGGAAAAGUUGACUAGGCACUUGGAAGAAUCUCGUUACAGCAUAGCGGAAGGGAACGAAACACGGAGCGGGCGUUAUGUUGGAAUACAAGAUCUUGGUCUAAUGUAUGAUUCCAACGUCAAAUUUGCUACUUUAUUAUGAUGAUACGUUGUUAAUCAAUUCAUAUUUAAGACAGC